CUGUCUCUCAAACAGGCUGCACAAUUCGGAUGUGAAUUUGCAAAGCGACUGCUGAAGGCCUUUUUAAAUCUGGUUAUCACUGGAAAUAUUUUUGUACUCGAAUGCGUCUCAGCCGAACGCGGCGUUCAGUACAUACAGCAUUUUAGAUCGUGUAAAAUGUAGUUUAAAAUAAUAAUUUGCCUCUAAAGAAGAUGAAAAUCUGAAAAGCAUGCAGCACUGGUCGGCAAUCUGAGGGCCGGUGAAUGGAGGUCACCGCAGACACAGAGUGAGUCUCAGCGGUGAGACAGAGAGGGGGAGAGGGAGGACGGACAGCGGCCAGUCGCCUUCAAAAAUGGCGUCUCCGAAGGAAAAUGAGUAAAAAAUAUUAAAACGAGGCCUGUUUUCUUCACACUUCCUCGUUCGGUAUUUAUGUUUUUUUCGUACUCUGGUUGUAUUUCGACCGGUUCGAGCAAACUCGUCGUCGCUUUUACUUGAACGGCCAAAGAAAGCAGAAAUCAGAGGAGCGAGCAUUUAGGGAAAUAAAGGCAGCCCUGUUUUAUUUUGAUGCGUCGUUACUGACAGCUAGCAUCUGCUGCUAGCCCAUAGCUCUGCUCAGGAGGGGGUGGGAACGAUUUGUAUUGAAAGGAAAAAACGAUUUUGAAAUUGGGAUUUCUAUGCUCGUCAAUGGGGAGUGAUUGCUACCAACGUGGCCCGUCGAUUGCAAUCUUUUCUGGUGCUAGCAUCGUAGCAAAGACUAGCCCAAAGAAAGGGGAGGAGAGACGGUGAAAAAGGACGCAUUCAAAUCAAAUGUUUAUCAGCAAUUCGUCCACUAAUGGCCAAAUCCGCGGCAUCUUCAUCAUGACCAUAACUGAUUUUGGACUAAAUCUGCAUUCGUGGAAAUGAUAAAUGUGAAAGGCGAGAAAGACUGGCUUUUUUUUGGAGGUGGUUGGAUUAUAACCCCGUAGACCCCCCUCUUUUUUCAUCCAGCUUUCUCCUCCUCCCCUCCAUUUCUCUUUCAAUAUGCUGUUUUCCACUCCUGAGGACUUGCUUAUGAAACCGGGGAAAAUAGCCUGAAACCGAGACCGGGAAAGACUGGAUUUUUUUUCCGUAAUCUGCUCUGCGACGUUCUCUUUCGUCUUCAUCGCACACAUUAAACACCACAUAAAUGGAUAGAAAUUACCCGGGAACAGGAUUUGGUGAUUUGGGCGCAGGAGCAGGAUGGAGUUACGAGAGAUCGGCAAAAGCAAGUCUUGUAUAUGGGAGUUCCAGAUCAUCCCACCCUGAGUCUGAGCUCCUUCACCGACAAGCCUACGCCACCCCUCACCCUCUGCAGGGCUAUGCCACCAAUCACCACCCAGGGAGCUCUGGCCAAGGCGGGGCUUGGGGAGCAGCUGGACGGAGUUUGGGUUUGUCAGGGCUCUUUGACACUGGCCUGCACCAUGCCAGCCCCUCUGCCCCCGAUGCCUCCGUCAUGAAUUUGAUCUCGGCCCUGGAAUCUCGGGGUCCCCAGCCUCCGCCCUCGGCUUCCUCCCUUCUUUCCCAGUUCCGCACGCCAUCCUGGCAGACAGCAAUGCACACACCUGCUCCUCCUGAACUAUUCAUCUCCGGGGCCCUCCCUGGCUCUGGCUCCUUCCCCUCCUCCUCAGCUCUUUCAGCCUAUCAGCAUCCAGCAUCCUUCUCCAGCCGCUCUUUCCCUACAGCCUCCCUUUCCCUCCAGGACACGCCAACGUUUAGUCCCACAUCCAAUGGCCUGCUCUCCCCACAUGACCCCCUACUACACAUCAAGGCCCCUUCCCAGUCUAGCCUGGGUUUUGAUAGACUCCUGUCCUCGCAGGGUGCUGCAGCAGCUGCCUAUAGGGGCAGCCAGGAUCCAACGAGUGCCACAUCAGCCCAGGCGUCCUCUGCCAGGCACCUGCAGUCACACCAGUUCAACCUGCUGUCAUCACAGCUCCAGGACCAGUCGUCCCAGCUGUACAAUGCAUCAGUUUUUUCCUCAGCCCAGCCCCAGGCUCAGUCCCAGUCCAAUUCGGCUCAGGAACGGGCUGUUCCCCGGCAGGACAGCGUUAUCAAGCACUACCAGCGGCCCACGCCAGCUCAGUCACAGCUCUCAUCCUCUGCUGCCCACUCCCUUCAGCACUACCUCAGCUGUGGAGGGGCGGGGUACCAGCAGAUUGCCACCCACCACAGGCAUGCUGGCCUUUCCUGCAGCCCACUGGGUGACCAGAGCCCUUCAUCUGACCAUAAGCCAACCUCUCGGACUGAGCAGUAUCGGCCAAUCAUCCAGCCUCCCUAUUCCUCCUCCUCCUCGUCUUCUUCCACAGCUGGGAAAGGUACCAAAAGCAGCUCCAGCAGUGGCUAUUCUUCUGCCAGUUCAGCGUCAUCCUCAAGAACUCCCCACACACCCCCUUCUGCCUCCUCUACCUCCUCUUCGUCCUCAUCUUCUUCUGCAACCUCUGGGGCUCAUCCUUCCAACUCAAUCCCCACCUCCAGCUCCAGCGCGGCCCCUUCCAGGCAGCAGCCCCCCCCUCAGCCAGCUCCUCCUCCCCCAGCCCCACAGCAGCCCCCUGCCACCUCCACUUCAGCCCCCCAGUCGCUUUCCAAAUCUUGCCUCUCAGGCUAUGGUUCACCUGUGCCCCCAGUGAAGACCCCCAACUCUGCUCUUACCGGUCAGACCCCACCCCAACAACAGACACAAUCAUAUUCCCCUAAUCAGCCCCCUACUUCCCACUUGGGUCAGUCCUACGGAGGCUUCAGUUCACCACAAGCCCAAGACCUGAGCUCAGGUACAGGUGGAAAAGGCUAUGGGAGUUUAGGAGGUCGAAGCCAGUCAUACCCCACUGAUAUAUAUGGAGCUGACUCUGCUUAUGGAUCCCUUCCAUCCUCUCUGGGUGGAGCUGGAAGCCCAUCAUUAGGCUACGGAGCCCCAGGUCACUCUCCUGCCCUUUUAAGGUCAAGUGGUUCAUCGGGCAGUGGAGCAUCUGGGGGAGGAAGCAGUAGCGGCACAGGAAAUGGGAACUCUGGGUCAGGAGGAGGAGGGGGAAAUAGCAUGACGAAUGAGAGAGGUGGAGGUGGUAGUGGUGGAGGGUCUUAUCAUAUUCCAGACUCUAGCCCCUCUCCAUCAGGCAACUCAGGCAUCAUCCGCCCAGGGUUGCAUUCCCCAGCGCCCAGCUGCCCCACACAAUCUCCAGGAGGUCCAGGCUCUAAUAAAUAUAUUUCUUCAGUUCUCUCCCCCACCUUCUUAGCCUCUCCACAGGGUUACCCUGACACUAGAGGCCCCAGCUCCCAGCCUCAGUCCUAUCAUUCCACCUCUUCCAAAACAAAGGACCCUUCCAUGCUAGGAGUGGGUUCUCAGAGAUCUCAAGAGGAAGUAGAUGACGACGACGAGUUCUUGAUCCAGCACCUGCUGCAGGCACAAGCGAGUCCGGCUCCUCAGGCUGCUCAUCACCAUUCUCAACAACAACCCCAACAGACAUCCCAACAAACACAGCCUCAGCCCCAAUCAGGGCCCCCAACCACUGAUUCAGGCAAAGGACUGAGUUAUGACAUGGAUAAGAGCUCUGAGGAGAGGUACCACCCCCAGAGUGUCAUACGUACCCACAGUGCCACGACUACUGGUAAUGCAGGAUCUGGAGCGUCCAUAUCAGGGCUGGAAAACCAGCUAGAGAUGUCACUAAAGAAGCAACAUCAACAACAACAACAGCAACAGCAACAACAACACCAUCAUCAACAACAACAACAACAACAACAACAACAACAACAGCAGCAGCAAAGGAAUGAAAGGUCUGUUGGAAGCAGCAGGGGCAGUGGAGGAAGGGGCAGCGCUGAACAAGUGCACUCCCAUCUGCAUCACCAUGACAACCUAGGCUCGGUUGUCCACUAUGGGCGGGGUGACCCGUACAGUCAGCACUCCCUUGCUCCCCAACACUCCUCACAUGGUCAGCAUGUGUCCUCACACUCACAGAUAACGUCCCACACUCAAAUGGAGCUCCAAAAGAAGCCACAGGAGCGCGCUGAAAUCCCUUAUCCUCGGAAAACACCGGAAGUCCAGCAACAGCAUUCCCAGUCUCAAGCUGCUGCCUCCCUCAUGGACUCUCCCACUGAUCAAUCUCGUCAGCCGCCACAUCUGCUACAGUCAGUGCUGUCCCACACCACCCGCAACAAACUUGAGCCACAUCAACAGCACCACAAGAUGGACUCUCACCAACAGCAUCAACAACAGCACCACAAGAUGGACUCUCAUCGGCAACAUCAGCAACACCCAAAAAUGGACUCCCACCCACAACAUCAACAGCACCAUAAAAUAGAAUCUCAUCCCCAACAGCAGCAGCACUCUAUUAGCCAACAGCAAGCUGUAAUGGAAAGUGGUGGGACACUUGGCUCGAGUAAACACCAGGCUCAGUCUCAGUCCCAAACCACCCAGCUCCAGCUUCAACUCCAGUCCCAGGCUUUGGAGGUGGCAGCGGCUCACUACAACCAUGGGCCCCCUCCACAUCAGCAUGAGCAGAGUCAGGUUAAACAACGGUCAGUGGUGUCUUCUCUGGACAUGCUGGAGCGCUCCCUUUCCCAGACCUCCAACACAGAUGUAGCUGUUGCAGAGGACAGACGUGGUGGAGCAGGCAGCGGGGGAAGGAGUGGAGGUAGCAGUGAGCGCCACAGACAGCAGCAGCAGCAGGAGCAGCAGCAGCAGCAGAGGCAGCACCCAUCCCACCAUCACUCACAGCAACACUCAGCCUCUGAGCUCCACUCCUUCCUCUCGGAGCCCGAUAUCGGCUUAUCCACCCCGCCUCACAUGCACCACCUUUCACAGCACCACCCGCAACAGCAGCAUCCCAGCUCUCAACACCAACAAACCCACUCUCACCACCCGCACUCUCAGCAGCCCCCACACCCUCACCACAUACCCCCACCAUCUGCCUCAAGCCACUCCCAGCCUCAGCCUGACCCCCAGCAGCCACUCUCAUCACAGCUCACCCCUCAGCAGAACCAGCUGGACCAACAGCGCUCCGAGCAGCACCAGUUUGACACAGUCAGUCCAGUGGAGAAAGCCGAGCAGAAUCAACAAAGUAACCGCUUUGUACCCCUAACUUCUAUCUGCUUUCCGGACUCACUUCUUCAGGAUGAGGACCGCUCUUUUUUUCCAGGAAUGGAAGACAUGUUUUGUGCAGAGGACUACAAGUCAAGCUGUGCUGGAGGUGCAGGACCAGGACAGGAAGAGAUGAAUGAAAGCCACACUGGGCAAGAGGGAAUGGAUUCCAUGAAAGGUGGACAGGGUGGAGGUGGAGCCGGGGGAAGUAGUGGAGCUAGCUAUGACAUAAUGGGUCACCAUGGUGGAGAUCAAGGUUAUGAACCUUACUGUCAUGGUCUGGAAGAACCCAACAACAACACCAUGACUCUGGACCUAGACUCCCUUAAGACCCAUGAGCUCCCAUCCACUGUGAACACGGAACAGCUAGGAUUGAUUCAGUCCCAGGCCCCAGCUAUGGGCAUGGGCUCCAAUACCGCUGCUCCCAACAACUCUGGAGCUAAACUGUCUUCUGGGCCUGGAGGAAAUAACCAAGGAGCUGGUUCUGGAGGCCUCCAAUCUCCCAUUUUCUGCUCAUCACGUCCCAAGAAACUUCUCAAGUCCAGCUCUUUCCACCUGUUAAAGGAGCGCCGGGACCCCAACACACUUCCUAAAAAAAGUUAUGCUCAAGAAUAUGAGUUUGAAGAUGAUGAGGAUAAAGCUGACCAGCCAGCCGACAUCCGGUUGAACAGCCGGAGGCUCCCGGACCUAUUGCCAGACUUGGUGUCAAGCUGCAGAAAGGGAGGAGGAGGAAGUGGCUCUCUCAGCCCUCUAAUGAGUGACAUUGACUUUUACCACUCCUCUGGGUACUCCGCUAUGGGUUCACACUCGCUUCUGCCUCAGGAUGGACCCAAGAAGAGGGGCCGAAAGCCCACUAGACCCAAGAGAGACGGUCCCCCUAGGCCAAGAGGCAGGCCUCGCAUUCGCCCGAUGCCUGAGCCCUACACUCCACGAGGGAUGAUGGGAGAGAUGGGUGGAACACCAACAGGAGCGGGAUUUAGUGUGGAGGGACGAGGUAGGGGUAGGGGCCGUGGAAGCCGAGGGAGAGGACAAAGAAGGGAGGAUAUGUACAUGGAAAUUAGCGGGAAGGAGCAGGAUCCGAUGCAACACCAUCACCUCCAUCAGCAGCAGCCACAGCAGCUCCAUCACCAGCCCCAACAGCAGCUACACGAGCCAAUUCCUCCUUUAAAGAUCAAGCUACCAAUUGGUACCCUGUCCUCGUCCGAUGCCUUGCUGAGGACGGACUCCUUGUCUGGCACGGACCCUGCGUUGUCAGACGGCUCAGUUGGCUCCGCUCCCUCACUUGGUUUAAGUCCUGGACCCCCCUGCAGCGCUGAAGGCAACAGACAGGACAAGAACAAGCAGAAAAACCAGAUGAUGGGUGAAGGAGUGGAUGACGAGGGGAUGGAGGAAAGGGGCGAUGAGAAGGACUCUGAGUCCAAGGCCGGCUUUGUCGCAUCAUUCUUAGACUUCCUCAAGACAGGGAAGAGACCUCCAGGCUUGGACAUCUCACCAGGAAUGGAACCUGACAACGGUGAGACCUCACCCUGUAAAUCAGGAGGUUUACGCCCACUGUCUCCCGCACCUCCUCCACCCCCACCGCCACCUCCAUUCGGGGACAGCGAAGGGAAUGGGGGUCUGGCUCUGGGCAACUGUCCCAGCCCCAAGCGCUUGGAAGAUGAGCUGAAGAGGAACCUGGAGACCUUGCCUUCGUUCUCUUCUGAUGAGGAGGACUCCGUUGGAAAGAACCAGGACCUCCAGAAGAGCAUCUCCUCCGCCAUUUCUGCUCUGUAUGACACUCCUCAGCUAACCUCUAACAUCCAAACCCCGCUACCGCCUUCCCCUCCCCAGCCUCAGGCUACCCAGUCCCCACUUACGCCCACACUGCAGCCCCCCACGCUUAGCCCGCAGCCUACCAUGCAUACGCCUCUCGUUCUGUCCCAAUCCAGUGAACCUGAUGUCCUCCAGCCAGAAGAUAGAGACAUGGAUGAGAACAAAGAGGAGGAGAAUGAGGAGGAGAGGAGCAUAGGAGGAGAUGAAGAGAGUGACAUGACAGAGGAGAGAGAGCCACAGCUGGAAACCCUGGGUACUCCCAAUCUUGAUGCGCCCCUUCCUGAGAUUCCUCCAGAGCCUGAACCUGAACCUGAACCUCCCUCUGUCCCUCCGUCUCCCGCCUCAUCCUCCUCUCCUUCUCACUCCCCCCUCCCUCCCCUCUCAUUCCCCUCACCCCUGCCUCCACCAGAGGAACAACAGGAGAAUUCCCAGCCUCCAAGCCCCGUCGCUCCCACAUCUCCCUCUCCGCCACCUCCCCCAUCCGCCACUCUCCCUCAGCCUGCCACUCCGCCUCCUCCAACUUCCCCUCCUCCAUCUUCAGUUCACAAGGAGUCUCCCAUGCCAUCUCCAGAGUCCCCCGCCUCUCCCGAAGAGCCCCCCGCUCCUAAAAUCACCUCAUUGCACCUUGCCCAGAAGCAAGAAGAUGCUGCCAUCGCUGGAGAAAGUGAGGAGGAUGAGAGCGAGAGUGGAGGCGAGGGCAUCUUUAGAGAAAGGGACGAGUUUGUGGUACGGGUGGAAGACAUUCAAACUCUCAAGCUGGCCCUGCAGACGGGCCGUGAGCCUCCACCUAUCUGGAGGGUGCAGAAAGCCCUGCUGCAGAAGUUCAGCCCAGAGAUCAAAGAUGGACAGAGACAGUUCUGCGCCACAAGCAACUAUCUUGGCUACUUCGGAGAUGCCAAGAGGCGGUACCAGCGAAUCUAUGUCAAGUUUCUGGAGAAUGUCAACAAGAAGGACUAUGUCCGAGUCUGCUCUCGGAGACCUUGGCGCAGAGCCACACCUGCUCUAAGACGCCAGCCCCUCCCCAGAAUGGCUUCCCCUCCCGCCACCCAGGUGCCCCCAAAAGUAGAGAAAGAGGAGAGAGUGGCUCCGCCAGUCCAGCGCGAACAGAGGGAGAAAACAAGAACCACAACAACAAAAGAACCACGGGAGAAGAAGGAAGUUCCAGCUGCUGUGCCCAAAACAAAGGAGAAAGAGAGGGAGUCUGAGAAGGAGAGGGAGAAGCGAGUACAGCCGCAGCAGGACAAGGUGGAGAAACGUAGCGCAGCAGCAGAGCGAGGUAGAGCAAAGGAGGAGAAGAAGGCGGUGGAGAGGAAAGAGAAGGAGAAGGCUGAGCGCCCACCCAAGUCUAAGCCAGCCAAAGUGAAGGCAGAGCCACCGCCCAAGAAGAGGAAGAAGUGGCUGAAGGAAAUCCCUUCAUCAUCGGACUCAGACUCAUCGGAGGAGGCAGCUAGUGAGAAUGAAAUGCCAGUGAAAGGCGGGGUUAACAACCGUGCCAUGAGGGAGAUGUUCAGGAGCUACGUGGAGAUGCUGGUCAGUACAGCCCUGGACCCUGACAUGAUCCAAGCCCUGGAGGACACCGACGAUGAGCUGUACCUCCCACCGAUGAGGAAGAUUGACAGCAUCAUCAACGAGCAGAAGAGGAGGCUGUUGAGGAGAGUCAGCAUGAGCUCUCAGCACCAGGAGAUCCUGCAUGCUUACCCCCAGAUCAUUGUAGACCCCUUGGACUCAGGAGCGGUGAGGGUGCGGCUAAGCGGGGAUGCUUACAACCGCAAGACCCUCAACAGAGUCAAAAAGUCCCUGCCGAAACCACAGGACCUUAAACUGUCAACGGAGACGUAUCGGAUUUACAGUCUCUUCCACUCCCUGCAUCACUAUAAAUACCACACCUUCUUACAGUGCAAGAAAGAGACCAACACCAUUGAGCAGGCAGCUGAGGACCCGGGCCAAGAGGAAGUGGUGCAGCAGUGCAUGGCCAACCAGAGCUGGCUGGACACUCUCUUCAGCUCCUUCAUCGAGCUGCUCACGCUCAGCACCAAAGCCUGAGUCCACCACAAAAUAAAAAGAGUGAGAGAGAGAGCGAGAGGGGAAAAAAGAUGGAUGGAAGCAAAUGGAUUAAAAAAGAAAAAAAACUAAUCAAAAUGAAUAUACAAAAAACAGAAAGAAAUGGAUCCUGCUGUACAGCCCCCUGACCCUC